AUGGUAUCAAUUAUUGUACCAUCAUUAGUUAAAGAAUCAUCAAGAGAAUCAUUAUUGGCUACAACUAUUGAUAAUUCAACAUUAUCAACUACACCAUCACCAUCUCCAAAAUUACCAACUCUUGAAAGUGUUGUAACUGCUAAACCAUUGUUACAUCAUCAUCUUCUUCUUCUUCAACCACCACUACUCAAACUAAUAAAGAAAUUUGGACUAAAAUUGAUCAAAAUACUGCACCAUCAACUCCAUCUAUAA